CAGAGCCAAAGACUGAGGUGAAAAUUGUUUACGUUGAUGUAAACUCUGGAUCUUGCGGACGGUUUUUACGCAUUUUUCCUCUGCCAUGGAAGGCGUAGGGUCAGAGGUCAGCCUUAAGAUAAGGUCUGCAAUCAAGGCAAAGCUAGUGGAGCUUGGUACAUAUGUUGAUGAGGAACUACCAGACUACAUCAUGGUGCUGGUGGCAAAUAAGAAGACAAAGGACCAGAUGGACGAUGACCUGAGUCUCUUCCUAGGCCACAACACAGAGCGCUUCACAUCCUGGCUUCACCACGUACUUCAAAAACUCAAUGCAGCUGCACUUUUGCAAGUCACAACACCACAAACAGAUGACACUAAGAAGAAAGAUGAAGAGGAGAAGAGGAAAGAAAGAGAAGAAGAAAAGAAAAGAGAAAGAGAUGAAGAAAAGAAACGUGACAAGGCAGAAGAAGGUAAAAGAACAAAAGAAGAAGAGAAGAGGAAGCAAAAGGAGAAAGAAAAGGGAGAGAGGAAAAGAAAGUCUAGCGAGAAGAAGGAUGAUAAGAAGGAGAAAAAACUAAAGAAAUCAGAAUCUCCAGAAUCUCAGGAUAAAUUAGUCAAGGAGAAGAAAUCUGUUGUGGAGCCUUUGAAGCUCACCAGGUCAAAAGAGAUCAGCAAAGAGAAGGAGAACAAGGAAAGAGUCAAAAUAACAGCUCCUCAGGACGAACCAUCCUUAGAGAAAAGCCAACCCCCAGUAACCUCCACAGCGAGUUCCAUUGGGGGCAAAACCCUCAAGAAGAUCAAGCCGCAAAUGAGGGGCAAAGUAUCAUCAGCAGACAUUUUCCGUGCCGAAGCAGCGAAUUGAGGAAGACAUGCUUGAGCUUAGAGCAGAUAUUGAUGAAUUGGUUCUUGAACUGGAAGAGGAGCCUGCACCAAGAAAGACCAGAAUUGACCAGAAACAAAAGAAUGCAGCCUCAAAACCAGAAGUAAGAGUGGAGGUGAAAGCAGAGGCCAAGGUUGAAUCCAAGGUGGAACUCAAGACAAAGACAAAAUCCAAGGUUGAGCCCUCCAACCCCCCUGCUCGACUGUCUGCUAAGGAGAGACUGGGAACAGCCAUUACACCAAAGACAGAGCAACCUAAGGAGAAGGUGUCUGUGUUAGAUCGCUUAGGGAGUUCAACGUCUGGUGGUCGUCGUGUGAUCAAUUUGCGAGAGGAAUCAAGUUUCCCACCUCGUCCUGAGCCGCCUUCUACCACAGCCAGUAGUGGCAUGGCUCGUGCUGUGUCUAGUGCCAUAACUUCAGCUCAAAGAUCAGUGUGUGUGCUGCCUUCAUCUACAACUUCAUCUGGUAAAAAGUUAGAGGCCCGUGUGAGACCUCUCAUGUCAAAGCACAUAGAAUCAAGAAAUGAAUCUUCAAGUAGAGAUAGAGAAGGACAGUCAAGAGAGGUUUCGAGCCGAUCGACCUCGAGAGAUGUUCCGAGUAGAGCGACAUCAACAAGGGUGGUGUCAGCUGUUGGAGCAGUCCUAAAAAGACCACAUAGUCAGGUGGAUUCAGAUGAUGAGGGAUAUGACCCCAAGAAGCCACAGUUGAGUGGCAUGGCCAGCAAAGUAGAGGUAACUCCAAGGCCUAGACGCCCAGGUGCCAUACAAGCGAAUACAGCUCUUAUCCUUCGAGCAAUGGCUGAUGCACACAAAUCUGUAAACAGACCAUCAAGGAACUUGCCAACAAAAGCAGAGCCUGCUCAAAAAAAACAAAAGGGUGAGUUGUUUACCCGAGGGUACCGUGAACGAGAACAGGCCCGCCAAAAGGACCUCCCUACUGAAGGUGAACUAAGGGUCAGAAAGAUUGCCAUCACAGUCCCUAAUGCAACAAGGAAGUGCCGGGAAUCACCAGCUCUUCGGAUGCGCUGGUGAAGGAAGAAGCAAUGGAAGAUGUUGUUCAACAGGAGGAAGUCUGUGAUGAAAUGGUUCCUGAAGUUCCUUAUGGUAUGGAAGAGGUUGAGGAAGUUGAAGUUGAGGAGGAGGUAGUUGAUGAGGGAAUUGAGGAGGACCAACCUCUCCCUGGCUCAGAGCCCCCACAGCCAGUAGUGCCUCAUGUUGCAGGGAGAGAGAACACCAAGUUCAUAGUGACACUUGAGGGAGUGGAUACCGAUGUUUUUGAGAUGAGAGAUGAUCCCCCUGACAUUCGGUCCCGCCUUGGAGCUCGCCCCAUCCGCAGUGACAGUCUUGAGGAAGUCGAGGAGUACAUUGAAGAAGUAGAGGAGUGGGAAGAAGAGGAAACUUCAAGUGACAUGACCCGGGGAGGCUCAUUACCUGGCGUUGGUCUAAUAGCAGGUGUCAAACCCCGGCUCAAGAGUGCCAUCUCAGUGUCAUCAGGCCAAGAUGGUGGUGGAGGCAGCAAAUUUGAGGAGCGCUGCAGGUACUGGCCAGCAUGCAAGGCGGGAGAUUCGUGUCAGUACCAUCAUCCCACUCUUCCCUGCAUAUCCUUUCCAUCAUGCAAAUUUGGUGAUAAGUGCCUGUACAUACAUCCAAACUGCAUAUAUGAUGCGGCUUGCACACGAAGGGGCUGUCCAUACACCCAUGCAAGCUCAAGAAGCUUAGCUCUCACCACAGCUGCCGUCAGCAUUAAACACAAAAUACCCCCAAGUAGACCUUCCAAGAUCAAGUGUAAAUAUUUCCCAAAAUGCACCAACAUGUCCUGUCCAUUUCUUCAUCCAAAGGCAUGUUUCUAUGGCAUGUCAUGCACCCAGGCCAGCUGCCCCUUCACCCAUCCUGAUGUCACCAUGCGUUCGAAGCUGAAGUGGAUUGCCCCAAAGAGCACAUCGCAAGUCUCUGCAGCAUCUGCACCAACUGAUUUGAUUAAAAUACAAAACAAAGAAAAGGCUGUAAAAGAAUAGUGUGGCCUUCAAACCUCAAAGAAGACUGAUAACAAAUUCUAUUUGUAUAUUCUUAAAUCAUUGCUUUGUAGCUGAGUAGCUAUGUAGAUUUAGAUAGAUUAUCAGCUGUAUUUAAUCAGAGUGUUAGGAUUGGUAGAUGUUUGAUAGAUAUAAGUUUUCAGAAUGGUAGAUAUAUCUUUUUUGAAUGUUUAAUGACAAUUCAUUGUCAGGGGAAUAGUGUUGUUGAUAAAUACUAAGAUAAAAUUAUACAUUUGAAUGGCAGUAUAAAAAUAUACACUACCAUUGUUGGUUUUCUUAGAAAUGAAAUAGUUUUACUUCAGUAAGUGUAAAGCUAAUAGGGAUGAGAGGAAAGAGAACAAGAAACAAAAGAAGCAAAAAGUUAAGCCUAGGUCAGAAUAUGGUCUGUUAAAGAAUAUAACUAAUGUUUAUAUUUGUAAUGUUUGUGGAUGAAUAAAGAAUGGAAGGUGUAAGAAUGUUCAUAGGAUGUAGACUGUGUAAAAGAAUUUCUCUUUUCUUUCCUUAUUUAUUACACAGAUGAGGGUCAUGACAUAGAUAUGAAGUAAUAAUUCAUUUUCUCAAGAACAGAUAGUGUGUAGUGGUUAUUUUGUAUAUUGCCAUUUUUAAUGAUACAUGUUGUUAAGUCAAUUUUACAUAGGCUGUGUUGAGGCAGUGAUGUACUCGUGCAGAAUUAAGAAGUUUUUAUCUUCUUAAAAGAUAAUAUCAUGCAAUCAUGUGAGGAUGAACAAAGCUAUCUAAAGAUAUUCAUUAUGUCUAAGGAAUACAGGGACUUACAAAUUAUGUCAGAGGGUGAAGUAUGAAAGAUAACAUUUGAAAUUUUAGUUGUUGUUAUUGUGCAGAAAUGUUAAGGAGCUCAGUAUAAUUGAUAGUGCUUUAGCAUCUAAAUAAUUUCCUUGUUUCCUAAGAAUUGACAAUAGUUGGUGUUGUUGAUAAUCAGUUUACCAUAAAAGUUUCCUGUCCAAAAUCACCUUUGAAAGUCACAUCGUAUUAUUUGAAUGUAAGACUAGCUGAAUUAUUUUGGAAAAAAAGUCCACCCCGCAGUAGGUCUCUCAAGUGAUAUACUAGGUAGUCACAGACUAGUGACAAGUGUGAGAAGUAUCUUUUGGUACUACAGGUUGAGGCAUUAGUGGUAUUAGAUUACUGUUAUAUGCUUUAUUGGAAUCAGUAGAUUAGAAAUAUAAUGAUAUAAUUUUGUAUGAGAGAUCUUGUUAUUCUCAAAGUGAUGACAUGCCAGGGCUAUUAGUAUAAAGAUAGGCUUUCAUCUCAUUUAGAAAUAAUUCAUCUACUGAUACUUUUUUCUCCUAACCUUCACUUAUAUUUUUAUUUCCUUGAGUCCUUAUAGUAGUUAUCCAGCAUUUUGCAAGUCUCUGUGUUAUGGGUGUUCUAAAAUUCACAAAUCUAAUGGAGUCUUUGCACAAUUAUAAGCCUUUUCUUUUCAUCGUUCUUGUUUUACUCAGUAGUAUCACACUUAGGUUAGUGUCACUUAGAAACAGGUGAAUAAAGAACAAGAAAAGCAAUUUUUAAUUUAUUAAUGAAUGAUGCAUUUUUUUGUAGUCAUACAUUCUGUUGUACUGGAAAUAAGCUUCAUUUUUGAAAACAUAAUAUUUAUAAGUAAAAGUAAGUAUAAGUAAAUGAUUGUAGUUUAUCAUAGAGUAUCACAUCCAACUUCUUUCCUAUGGUGUAUUUAAAUAGAAACAAUUUUGCUAAGUUCUUCAACUCUUGGUUUGUUAAUGAAAAUAAGCUGGUAGAAUAUACUGCAGCCUUUGUCAAUUUCCCUGAUUCAGUUAAGUAUAUAUCUCAUGAACUUGUGAACUUAUUGAAGUAUUUUUUAUGUUGUAAAUUUUCAUCAGAGAAUCUCGGAAGGGAAAACUUGCUGAAGGAAGUUAUCAAUUAGUUAUUAGUAUUUCAGUGUGUUUUUUCUGUACAUCAAUUACUGGUCAGACUGGUCUCAACAUCCAAUGUUUUUGUCUGUUUACAUAUCUGCAUGAGCAGGAAGUGUUGAUUGACUGUUAAGAUACGCAUAAAGAUAUACAACUAUGUACAUAAUUAAAAGAGACAUAUUUGAACUGUGUAAAUAAUAUGAAGUAUGAUUCUGUUUUUCCUGUCAUGGUUAGGGUGAUUAUAAAGUUCAUGGCAUUAAUUAUUUUAGACAGAGUUAAACUUUUUUGGACAAAUACUUGUUAGUGUGAGUUUGGGGGAAGAGAACAAUGUACUUUUUAUAUUUGCAACAAUAUAAGAUUUUGAUUUUGAUUUCAAGAAAGUAGUUUUCUUUUAUAUAUGAUUACCUCACAUAUAUUAUACAUUGUUUUUGUCUUCAGUUAAUUCUUUUGGUUCUUUUCCAUAUUUUUGUUAUGGAAUACACACUAGAUGGUAUGGUUUUUAUAUAUAUAUACCAAGUACAUCUACACUAUUAUGAUAAUUAUAUCAGAAAGUUCUUAAAAAAAA